AUGUCCCCCCAAUGUCCCCCCAAUGUCCCCUGAGUGUCCCCUGCCUGUCCCCAGACUCGGAGCUGCAGGUGGCCCUCAUCGCCCUCUUCUCGGAGCUGCUCUAUCGCUUCCCCAACCUGGUGGUGGCCCAGGUGACAAGGGACAGUGUCCAGGCAGCCAUUGCCAAUGGCAUCACAGCUGACCAGAUCAUUCACUUCCUGCGCACCCGCGCCCACCCCGUCAUGGCCAAGCAGACCCCGGUGCUGCCCGCGACCAUCACGGACCAGAUCCGGCUGUGGGAGCUGGAGCGGGACCGGCUGCGCUUCAGCGACGGGGUGCUGUACAACCAGUUCCUGUCCCAGGUGGACUUCGAGGUGCUGCGGGACCACGCCCGCGCCCUGGGCGUGCUCGUCUUCGAGAACCCCCCCCGGCGCCUCAUGGUCGUCACCCCCCAGGGCCACCCCGACGUCAAGAGGUUCUGGAAGAGGCAGAAGCAGAGCUCCUAAAAAAAAAAACCCAAAAUGUCCCCAAAUACCCAAAAAAUACCCCCCAAAAUGCCCCCGGGUAUUCGGGGUUUGGCUCGUUGGGGUUCCUGACAUCAAGAGGUUCUGGAAGAGGCAGAAGCAGAGCUCCUGAGCCCAAAAAAAAACCCCAAAAAUACCCCCCAAAAAUACCCCAAAAUACCCCCAAAAUAUCAAAAAAAUACCCCCCAAAAUGCCCUCAAAAUACCUCAAAAAUGCCCCCAAAAUACCCCCGGGUAUUCAGGGUUUGGCUCGUUGGGGUACCCGACGUCAAGAGGUUCUGGAAGAGGCAGAAGCAGAGCUCCUGAGCCCAAAAAAGCAAAAUAUACCCCCCCAAAACAAUCCAAAAAAUACCCCCAAAAUAUCCCCAAAAUAUCUAAAAAAAAUACCCCUCAAAAUACCCCCAGAUAUUCAGGGUUUGGCUUGUUGGGGUCCCCGAUGUCAAGAGGUUCUGGAAGAGGCAGAAGCAGAGCUCCUGACCCCCCCAAAAAAAAACCCCAGAAAUACCCCCCAAAAAUGCCACAAAAUACCUCCAAAAUAUCAAAAAAAAUACCCCCAAAACAUCUGAAAAAAUACCCCACAAAAUGCCCCAAAAACACCCCCGGGUAUUCGGGGUUUGGCUCGUUGGGGUCCCCGAUGUCAAGAGGUUCUGGAAGAGGCAAAAGCAGAGCUCCUGACUCCUAAAAAGCAAAAUAUACCCCCCCAAAACAACCCAAAAAAUGCCCCCGAAAUAUCCCCAAAAUAUCUAAAAAAAAUACCCCUCAAAAUACCCCCAGAUAUUCAGGGUUUGGCUCGUUGGGGUCCUCGACUUCAAAAGGUUCUGGAAGAGGCAAAAGCAGAGCUCCUGACCCCCCCAAAAAAAACCCCAAAAAAUACCCCAAAAAUACCCCAAAAUACCCCCAAAAUAUCAAAAAAAAUACCCCCAAAAUAUCUGAAAAAAUACCC